AGGAGGGGGUACCUCUGCAGGGCACAUUUUAGGUGUUGAGUAAACAUUUUCCCAUUGAUUAAUGGGCUAGAGACUACGAAGGGUAUCAGACGAAUGACAAAGAGCUCCCCUCCCGGUUGUUAGCACACUGCCCUUAGCAGCAGUCAGUAGUGGUUUGCCUGAAUCUCUCCUCACAGGCCUGUGAGGUCCUUUAGACUACUUUUCACUCUCCAGCCUGAUGCCUGGAUUAGAGUUGGUGUUCAACAAAUAACUCUUGGGUGAAGGAAAUGAAUGAGAAGUGAACCCUGCCAUUCAGGAGCUGCGCAAUUAUUUAGCGAAUUUCUGCAAAAAUUUACAAACACGCCGCCUUUCCCCGAUGCUUCCAGACGACCGCCUCAGGGUGAACCCCAUACAGUUCCGGGGUCGAAGCCUUUCAGACCUUCCUCCCCAGCGAGGCAGAUGAGAGGGCAUGGGAGGGCGGGUGAGAGGCGGCCCUGAGCCCGUCCUCCACGCCCGGCCGCGGGCCCCCAGCUGCCGCGCGCCCCGCCCCUCACCACGCGCACCUCCUGUCUCUGCGAGCUGGGCCGCCGGGCGGCGCGCGACCUCCGCGUCGCUCUGGGCUGGCUGUGGCAACGCCGCGCGGGUGGGUGGGAUCGUGGCGGAGUUUCGCGCGCCGGGGAAGGGGCGGCAGAGCGCCAUGGCGUCCGCUGUGGCGGUGGCAUCCGGUUCCAGUUCUGCGGCGAGUUGAGGGGGCGGAGGAGGCACAGCUUCUUGAAGACCCAGGAGGCCACAGCUGCCCGCGCCCCCGCCUUCGUCCUUGCGGGCCACGGCUCCAGCAUGGCCGGGAUCAUCAAGAAGCAGAUCUUGAAGCACCUGUCCCGGUUCACUAAGAAUCUUUCCCCGGACAAAAUCAACUUGAGCACCCUGAAAGGGGAGGGCCAGCUGACCAACCUGGAGCUGGAUGAAGAGGUUCUACAGAAUGUGCUGGAGCUGCCCACCUGGUUGGCCAUCACUCGGGUCUACUGCAACAGGGCCUCCAUCCGGAUCCAGUGGACAAAGUUGAAGACGCAUCCAAUUUGCUUGUGUCUGGAUAAGGUAGAGGUGGAGAUGAAAACAUGUGAGGAGCCUCGGCCCCCAAAUGGACAGUCUCCCAUUGCCCUUGCUUCAGGACAGAGUGAGUAUGGCUUUGCCGAGAAGGUGGUGGAAGGGAUGUUCAUCAUUGUUAAUUCCAUCACCAUCAAGAUUCACUCCAAGGCCUUCCACGCCUCUUUUGAAUUGUGGCAGCUCCAGGGCUACAGUGUCAAUCCCAACUGGCAGCAGAGUGACCUCCGCCUCACCCGCAUCACCGACCCCCGCCGAGGAGAGGUUUUAACAUUUAAGGAAAUAACGUGGCAAACUCUUCGAAUUGAGGCAGAUGCCACAGACAAUGGUGAUCAGGACCCAGUUACCACUCCAUUGCGGCUCAUUACCAAUCAAGGCAGGAUCCAAAUAGCCCUCAAGAGAAGAACCAAAGAUUGCAAUGUGAUCGCCUCCAAGCUGAUGUUCCUGUUGGAUGACCUGCUCUGGGUGCUAACUGACUCGCAGCUCAAGGCUAUGAUGAAGUAUGCAGAGUCGCUGAGCGAGGCCAUGGAGAAGUCAGCCCAGCAGAGAAAGAGCCUGGCCCCUGAACCUGUACAGAUCACCCCACCUGUUCCCAGUGCUCAGCAGUCCUGGGCCCAGGCAUUCAGUGGCAGUCAAGCCAACAGCAACAGUAGCAGCAGUCGCCUCAGCCAGUACUUUGAGAAAUUUGAUGUGAAAGAGUCCUCCUACCAUCUGCUCAUCUCUCGCCUGGACCUGCACAUUUGUGAUGACAGCCAGUCCCGAGAGCCAGGUGUUUCUGCAAACAGACUCAUGGGUGGUGCCAUGCAACUUACCUUCCGCAAGAUGGCAUUUGACUAUUACCCCUUCCACUGGGCAGGUAGGAGAAUUCCGAAUGGGGGCAAUUCUAGCAUGGCCCAAAGGAUUGAGGGUGAUAGCUGCAAACAUUGGGUACGGCACUGUGAGGCCAUGGAGACCCGAGGACAGUGGGCCCAGAAGCUGGUGAUGGAGUUUCAGAGUAAACUGGAAAAGUGGCAUGAGGAGACGGGUCUGAAUCCACCCUGGCACCUGGAGGUGGACUCUCCCUUACGAAGAAAAGCAGAUUCUCUCUCUAGUCCUCGAAAGAACAUGCUUGAGAGAAGUCCCUCUCAGUGCCAACAGGCUGCCUUUCGGCCCCCAGCAUGGAAUCGCUUACGCUCUAGCUGCAUGGUAGUACGGGUGGAUGACCUAGAUAUCCACCAGGUUUCUACAGCCAGACAACCAAGUAAGAAGCCAUCUACACUCCUUUCCUGUAGUCGAAAACUCUAUAACCUACCCACUCAGGUCUCUGCCAUUCAUAUUGAGUUUACAGAGUAUUACUUCCCAGAUAAUCCGGAGCUUCCAGUUCCCUGUCCCAAUCUCUACAUUCAGUUAAAUGGUCUGACAUUUACCAUGGAUCCUGUCAGUUUGCUCUGGGGAAACCUCUUCUGCCUGGAUUUAUACCACAGCUUGGAGCAGUUCAAAGCUAUCUAUAAGCUGGAAGAUUCAAGCCAGAAAGAUGAACACUUGGACAUCCGACUAGAUGCUUUCUGGUUGAAGGUGAGCUUCCCACUGGAGAAGAGAGAGGAGGCUAGGUUGCAUCGUCCCCAGGCUCUUGCCAUUUCUGCAUCAAGAAUGACUGCCACCAAUACACGUCAUGCCCCACAUUGUAGCUGUCCAGAUCUCCAGAACCUCUUCCGGGGUUUUACUGCUGCUGAGUUCUUUCAUUCCAAUUAUAUUCGCUUUCCCAAGGUCCCAGGUGGCUUUAGCCUUCUGCACAUGCUUUUUUUGCAUCAUGCCUUCCAGAUGGAAUCCCACCUCCCUCAGCCUGGUACCCUCCCUCUCAAGAGGCCUAAGGCGUCCCAGGAUCUUUGGUCCCUCCACUUUGCCCAGAUCUCCUUGGACUUUGAGGGAACAGAGAACUUCAAAGGUCAUACCUUGAAUUUUGUGGCCCCUUUCCCCUUGUCCAUUUGGGCCUGUCAGCCCCUCCGCUGGCAGCAAGCUGAGGCGCAGAAGCUCCUUUCAUCUACAGAGGGGAGACUAAAACUAUCAGCCAGCUUUGGAAGUCCUGGCCAAUCUGAGGCUCUUGUCCCUGACUCUGUGUCCCAUCAGAGAUCAAAGACUGAGCAUGAUUUGAAAAGCCUAUCAGGACUUACAGAAGUCAUGGAAGUUCUGAGGGAAGGCAGUGGUGGUGUGGACAGCAAAGGACCACUGACAGAGCUAGAGGAUGCAGCAGAUGUUCACAUGCUUGUACACUCCUCCUCCCAUGUCCGAGUGAGGCUUGACCACUACCAGUACUUGGCUCUGCUUCGCCUGAAGGAGGUGCUGCAGGGUCUUCAGGAACAGCUGACUAAAGAUACAGAGGCCAUUACUGGGUCUCCCCUGCAGUCCCAGACAGCUUGCAUUGGACUCCUCUUCCCCAGCGCUGAGGUGGCUUUGCUCAUGCAUCCUGCCCCUGGGGCUGGUAAGGCCGACUCUGCAGGUUCAGAUACUACCAGCCUCAUAGAUUCGGAGCUCUGUCCUUCAGAGGAUCGGGAGCUGAAGUCUGAUGCUUCCUCAGACCAGGGCCCAGCAAGUCCUGAGAAGGUCCUGGAAGAUAGUGGCAUUGAAAAUCUGGAUGCAUCCCAGGAUAGGCCACUGCCUCUCCAUAGUAAUGGAGAACUGCAGGACCCAGGUUCACUUGCACAGCAGCUGGCAGGGAUAGGCCAUGAGGCAGUUGAGUCUCUUCAGACCAAGAGAGGGAGCAGAGCCCAAGCACCUAGCUCACCAGCUGUGUUGAAGUCCACAGGUGGCAGAGAUACCACUGUGAAUGGACAGGGUGAGCUCAUUCCCUUGAAAAACAUUGAGGGAGAGUUGUCAAGUGCUAUUCACAUGACCAAGGAUGCCACCAAGGAGGCCCUACAUGCCACCAUGGACCUCACCAAGGAAGCUGUGUCCCUGACUAAGGAUGCCUUCAGUCUGGGCAGAGAUCGAAUGACCUCCACCAUGCACAAGAUGUUAUCCCUGCCCCCAGCCAAGGAACCCAUAGCCAAGAUAGACGAGGGGAUGGCCGCCCCAGUGAGUGGAGGUGCUGCCCGACUCCGAUUUUUUUCAAUGAAAAGGACGGUAUCUCAGCAGUCAUUUGAUGGUGUCUCCUUGGAUAACAGUGGCCCUGAAGACCAGAUUUCAGUGGACAGUGAUGGCAGCGAUAGCUUUGUGAUGCUCUUGGAAUCUGAAUCUGGUCCAGAAUCUCUCCCACCAGGUUCUCUUCCAAAUGUCUUGGGAGAUGCUGCUGUUGAAGGGAGCCCUGUUGUGGAUAAUUAUGGACAGGGAUCACCAGAGGCCAACAGUUCAGUCUCACCCAGUGGGGCAGACCUCAGUCUUCACCUGGUCUCAGUUCUGGUCCUGAAGGUGAAUGAGGUGUCAUUUGGGCUUGAGGUACAUGGCGAGGACCUGACUGUGGCCCUGCAAGCAGAGGAACUGACCCUUCAGCAGCUGGGCACCAUGGGACUCUGGCAAUUCCUGCAUGGACACUGCCCAGACACAAGCUUUCAGGAAUCCUCAACUUUGAAUACUGGCCACGUCAGUCCAGCUGUGGGCCUUCGCUUUGAGGUGGGGCCUGGUGCAGCUGUUCACUCCCCCCUGGCCAUACAGAAUGGCUUCUUGCAUUUCUUGCUUCGUGGCUGUGACCUAGAGCUGUUCACUUCAGUGCUCAAUAGCUUGGGGCCUUUCUUAGAGGAUGAGGAGAUUCCAGUGAUAGUUCCCAUGCAGAUUGAGCUCCUGAACUCCAGAAUCACAUUGAAGGAUGACAUCCCACCUGUCUAUCCGACGUCCCCAGGCCCUAUCCCCAUCACUCUGGCCAUGGAGCACAUUGUGCUGAAGAGGAGUGAUGAUGGUAUUUUCCACAUAGGUGCUGCUGCUGAGGACAGACCACCUAAAGAAGUACCUAAAAGUGAGAAGAGGCAGCCCCCAAAAGAACAGUUGUUUCUGGUACCCACGGUGGAGGCUUUUGGACAGCAGGUGAAAGAACUGCCCAUCCUACAAAAGGAACUUAUAGAAACCAAACAAGCAUUGGCUAAUGCCAACCAGGAUAAGGAAAAACUUCUUCAGGAGAUUAGAAAAUAUAACCCCCUCUUUGAGCUCUGACAGCAUCACCUCAGCUGUCUGUGCCACGGAGAGAGAUCACCAGCAAUAGCACCGCCUAGGACAGAAGGCACCAUCCAGUGUCAACUAAGUCUGCCUAAGGAUGCCAGAGACUGGGGAGUGCCGAACUUACUCUUUGAAGGUGUACUUUCUAUUAUCUGUUCUAACUUGGAUGGAGGACAGGCAAAACAUGACCACUUCCUAGGAAAUUGAGGGCAGCUUUGUGCGUGGCUCAAGCAUCAUUUCUCGCCUGUAUAAAGCCUUUCAGCCCUCUAUGCUAGGUGGAAUCUUCUGGGCAUUAUAGAGCCAUUUCACCUCUUGGUUUCAUGGCAGAGACAUUGCUUCCUCCACAACCUGUGUGAAAAGGGGAAAGUACCCACCUCCUCAGUCACCCACAGAGCCACCAAAGAUUAUAAGUCCCAGAGCUUCCUGUAGCAGACCUGAACAGGCAUUGGCCUGAGUUUUGGCCUUAGUAGUGGAGUAGAAUAGGAAAUAGCCCAGCAAAGCAGGGCACCAGGAGAGGCACAAAAAUAAGGGGACCUGGAUCCCGCCUUUUUGGAAAGGGAAUCAAGUUCAUAUCCUCUUGGCUGAUAUUACUGUCAAAUUUUUCAGGGUUAAGCUUCCUUUCUUUUAUCCCUUCAUCAUUGUGAUGCUGUGGUAGAAAGUAAACAAGGGCAAAAUUAUAGUAUCAUCCCCUUUUAUAACAUGAUGUAUUUGAAAUUUAAAUCAAGAAAAAAUAUUCAUUCAAAGUUGGGUUGAAUUGAAGACAUGCUGUGGUAGGGAUAAUUGGGGGUCUUGAUUCUGAAACCCGUUCCCCUGCCUAGAGUCCAGCCUCUCCUUCACAGACACACCUGAGAUUAGUCCCUCUCUUUCCCUGGGGCCCUGGCACAUCCGCUUUCCCAGCAUUGUGACUUUCUACCAGUGCUCUUCUCAGCACUUGGUGGUUUGGGGGUUGGAAAUAUUUUAAACAUCUCAACCUGUUGCCUUUCACCCGCCGCCCCCCCCCCCCCCACUGUGGCUUUUUAAAAUCAUGUACUUUUGACUUAAGUUAAACAAAACAAAACAAAACAAAAACCCAGACAAAACCCUUUAAUCUGGCUAGGUUUGCUUUCUGUCUUACAAAAGAUCUUUUUUUCCUACAUGAUUCUUCACCAACCAUCUACCUCCAUCCAUAGUGCUCUGUGGUAUACUUCAAGCUGUGUUGAUUGGACAGAAGUUCAUCAGAUGACUCACCUUGACUUGGCAAUGUGGUAAAAUAGUGAUUUAAUUGUGUCACUAAAGUCUAAAUCACACAUGGCCUAUUGAAGGAAAGGUAAAAUGGUUUAUUUUUUACCUUUUAUGGGAUAUCAUGCUUGACUUGUAUACACCAGUUUUUUGAGGAUAAAAAAAAACAUGUAUUCAAGAAGGCACUAGCUCUAAUUUGUUCAGGUUUUAAAGAGCUUUUGUCCAGGUUCUUCACUAAGGCAAUUUUAAAAACACAGUUAUUAUGGGAUUGUGCAAAUAUUUUGUCAUAUUUAGGAAACAACUUAGUGACUUAGAAACAAAAAAAACAUCUUUCUGGAAGGAGAAUGCUAACAGGAAGAUUCCUAAAGAUCAAUGCUUGGUUCAAAUUUAUUUAAGAUUUAAAAAAAAUUAAAGUCACUUUUUCUAAGCAGUGAAAAGUCAAAUGAGAUUUAAAAAAACAAAACAAAAAACUGCAGGAUGAUCACAAGCAGGGCUGUGAAUACUAAGAAAAGUGAUAUAUGGGGUUCAGCAUAAGAAAGUAGAAGGUAACGUGUUUAUGAUAAGGCGGUGAACUCUGUUAGAACUCAGGAAAGAAACUGAAGCAUUACUGAAGAGGGAGGAGGGGUCAAUGUGCUGCUAUGGCCAAAAGCCUUCUAGGCAUCAUUAGGAAGGGCACUUGGGAGACAGCACAGAAAACACCACCUCAUUCAAAACUGUGGUUAUGUCUUAAUCAAAAUGCCCGUGCUUUUCUGGUGAUCUUAUUUAUGAAACAUAAAGUGACGGGGCAAGGUCUAGAGAAGAGCAAAAGUUAUCGGGGGGCAGAGGUAUUUCCACAUGAGGACACAUCUUUGAAAUGUGGACUAGAUUCUGGGAAGACGAAAGCUGAGGUUGAAUGUUUGAUCACAUAUUCAAUCAGGAGCAAGGACAUGUUCACUAGGUCCUGAAAUACUGACUCUAGGGCUCUACCUCAUAGCCUUAGUUAAAAGAAUGCAUGUGGCAUAGUGAAUCAGAAACUUAUGGAGCUUGUUGUCCAAGAAGUGAUGCCAGCAGAGACGAUACAUGGGUGUGGUAGGUUUAAGAGGAAUCUCUGUACAAUGGCCUCCCAGAGAGAAAUUGUAGAAAACUAGAGGUAUUUGGUGAUACACAACUGAGAGGGUGACUGUGUCCCUCCACAACCCUCCCUCCCCCUUUAGUGCUUCUUUCAAAGACAGAAUGCUGAACUGAAUGGAUCACUGGUCCUCUCAAGUAUGGCAUUUGUAAUUCUAGGGGUUGUGAUGGGGAAAUCCUAAAACCCAAAAAUAGGGUAGCCUCAGGCUCACCUGAAUUGGUUUAAAAUCACACUCUGAUUCUCUUCCCUUCCCCUCCUCCCUUGACUACCACUUCCCUCUACCAAUAGGCAUUGUUUGAUGUACCUUUACCUAAAGCUGGUGUUUGGUGGAAGGCGGUAGAAACAAAACCAGUGAGCAUUAAGGCUAAUCUCUUAGUGGCCAGAGCUCAGAAUUCUGGACUCUCUGGAAUUCGUAGCUCUUGUUCAUGUGACAAAUGGAGUCCUAGAACUUAUUACUUUCCUUAUGUAGCAGCUUUGGCCAUAGUUUCUUGAAAUCCUCUCUCAAGAAAUGUGGUAGGGGUCAUUAUCCCAUGGGAGUUUGGUAAAAGUCAUCUUGUAUACCUUCACACUCCUGUUCAUUGGGGGAAGGAAAACUUUUUCAUAAUGAGGAACUGUGAACUGGUUGGUAGUCCUCAGGAUACGUAUCAAGGAAAAUAAUGGAAGGAAAAAAUAGUGACGGCCCCUUUGGACUGCUUACAAUUUCUGCCUCAGAGUUGCAAUUCUCUGUGGACAAGAAAUGACAAUACCUCAAGAAAAUGCUCGGGGUGAUAGCACUACUAUCUCUGAAAGACUUCAGCUGCUGCACAUUACCAUUUCAGCUGGGAAGCAUUUACAACUACGUAUUAUCUAUGAUUGUCCAGAUUUCCUGUUUACAUGUAUAUACUGAGAAUAUGCUUUAGCACAUAUGGACUAGAAUUUAAAUCCUCUCUAGCUGUUUCGCAGGAAUGGUUAUCAAUCUCAUUGAGUUCUGUUUUCAACUCACUGGAAUAAUUAACCUAGUUUCUGUGACUUAAGACAAAAAGAAUAGGUUCUAUUCAUGUGAUGCCUCCUUUUUUACUGUAUAUGUAGUCUGAUCCUCAUUUUGCUGUGGGUCUCAACUUUUAUGCCCCCUUUUUCUUGGUCCUGAAAGUACUUUCUGCGUUUGGAAUAUAUAAGAGAGAAAUAACAUCUCCCCAUAGACACCCCAUAACAUAAAUGCCUCCGUUUAACUCAUUUAUGUUAGUUUCCUCUCAGGCUAGUUUUGGGGGAUAGUGGAAAGAAGGUAGUUUGAAGUACUGCCAUAAUAUGGGAACUUUCUAUUCCAGAUCAUUAAACCAAAGUUGUUUUUUUCAUAUUUAAUACUUGCCUAAACUUCUAAAAUUAGUUACAGUAAAAUCACAAAACCAUAGAAACAACUGAAUUUUGUUCUCAAGCUAGUAGGAUGCCAUUUGGUUAUUGGAGCACUAAAAGUUGUGUUGUUGCCUUGAUUUACCAUAGUCAUUAUUAAGUGUUUCAGAGAGAAUCUGUUACGUUGCAUCAUCCUUUCAGGCCCUCGGACCUUUACCUCAUUGCUUCCCCUACCUUUUGCUAGAAAAGAGAUGUGCCCAUUCACCUCUUACAACAUGCACAAGGGGAAGCACGGAUGGAGAACCUCUAUGUAACAGUGAGGCUUUUGGCCAGACUUAGGAUGUGAUCUUCCUCCCAUGAAAAUUUCAGUCUUAUUCAGUACUUCUAACUAUAAUAGGUAUAGUUCCUCCAGUUUAAAAAAUUCGUGCUGGAGCUGAGAGACCAUAUUUUUUGUUGGUUUGUUAGUUUUUGAUCAAGAUGUAGUCUGAGUCUUACAGCAUUUCUUUGUGGAAUGCUCCACUGAAAUGUCUUCUCCAUUGGCUAAAUGUAUGUGGAAAGUCAUGAGUUUUGAUAUGUAAGAUAUUAAAGGCAGAUUAGCCCAAUUUCAUGAGUCCAAGCUGUUUCUUCCACUCUGGGUGUUAAACUGAAUUGGAAUCUUUACUAGGACAAGCUUGGGAAAGCUUCAGAGCCCUUCUGAUGACACUGAAUGAUAGAAAAGGCUUCCUGGGGAUUGCCAAUUAAAUCCAGUAGCCUUAUUACUGCUAAUCACUGUCAAGAAAAGGUCACUCUAUUGCCCUCUAUUGGUGGAAAACAAUGAGAAUGUAUUUGAUGAACUGGAAUCCUGGUCAGUAUUGGGAAAUUUCAAUGUUGCAAUAUCUAAUCAAACCUGGAGUGUACUGGUUCUGUGAACCACCUGAAAAAAAGCAAAUUAAACUUAUUAAACAAUA